UUAGCAAGGACAAUGAUCGAUCUAGCUGCCGAGGUUGACUGUAGAAACAUUUCAAAGUCGAGCGAUGAACUCGAAUCCGUUCCACGUCUGUCUCCCUUUCAUCGUCUCCCGUCUCAUCACCAUAUUUUCGAGCAUCUGUCGUCGCAGAGACACGCCGACGGCUUUCCGCCUACACUUCUCGACUACCACUUGGAAAGUCUGCCUUUACAGACACUCACUGACGACCUCUCGACGCGUACGAUGUCGCGUUUGGAGCAGAUUCAUUGUCGGUUGUAUCGCGAAGUGAAGAAAAGGCGACGAAAGCUCGAAUCGAUGGAUCGGGUUCGAGUCAAUGACGUCGUUCUGGCCGUUGACUUGGAACUGGGACUUGUGUAUUCGGUUGAGCGUUCUGUGCAUACGUUGCUUUACUGUUUUCACCGGCCGUUGCGACUGUUGAACAUUCCCGACGAGGUCGGUGUUAACGAUUCGGAAUUCCCCACGGGGAACUCAAUUGGCUGGAAGUUUUCUAACCCAUUCCCACAUGUUAUGGACAUAGUCAAUAGUAUCAAUAGUGUUGAUGGUGCUUGCCCUGCUCACGAACUUCAAGUUGCAAAUGUGGAGAGUGAUAUCAAUGAACACUCAGGGUGGUUUAUCUCCGGAUAUUCAAAGCUUCUAAAGACACUGAAGUUUCUGUACAAGAAAACACUGAAGGCCAUGCUGAUCCAAUCACCACUGUUGUCACCUAGUGACGAAGGCACCGACGAGCCUGAUGGAUCUAGUCAAUUGUGGGAUCACUUUGGGAAUUCCUUGUCACUGACUUGCUUGGGAGUCGAGAUGGUCAAUCGUGAGUUGAGAGGAAUGGUGUGUGAUCAACAUGGAGAGGUUACAAAUGGAAGUACUGAGUUGUACUACCUUCCUGCACAAUUCGUUAUUGUACGUGAUGGCCUAAAUACGAGCAGCCCUUAUCACAUCGUCAGCAUUCUUUGCUUGGGUAUGGGUCCGAACCAGGACUUCUUUCUGUCGUUGUUUACUGAUAAUACACGAGGAACAAGAUUUGCUGUCGAGAAAUCUACUGAUGGCAACGGCAAGAACCUCCAAGUGCCAACAGAUCGCAAAUUUCACUUUCGAAUGAAGAAAGCCACUACGGGCUACCGAUUUCAAGCAGACAGUGGGGACCAGCGCUACCUCGCCUUUACUGCAGAUGGCACACAAGCAGCAGUGUAUGAUCAACACGUGACGUCUAGCCCAUCCAACUUGAACUCACAGUUUGUAUUCAUGCCCAUCCCGCACUAAACAAGACGGAACUAUAAUUGUUGUUAUUCUUGACAUUUUUGCUAUUUAAAUUAGAAAGGUUUAGUCGGUUAACUUAGUUAAUUGGUUAGCGAGUAGGUUGAUAUCAAGUGAUUAUAUCGAUGACGUAUUACAAUAUUGGUUGGUACACUGUGCUUCUUUAUAAGCAGGAAAGUAUAUUUGGAUUGGACUGUUCUUUUUUAGACUUUUAUUGUGAAAAGAGGAUUUUGGUGUAUACGAUAGUUGCUUGUCGGUAGUGGCAGUUGUUUGAAUUUGAGAUAUAUGCUAUUUGAGUUCUGUA